CCGUCAUUACCUAACCCAUAAAAAACGAACAAAAACAUAGAAUUUCUUGUAAUUGGAAGAAAACGUUGUAUUUUAUAUCUUUUUCUAAACCUCCUUUUUAUUUUAAAAAAGAAAGAAAGGGUAAAAGCUUGAGAAAUGGUUUUGAGGUAUGAUAAUCCUCAUCUAAAUAUAGCUGAGGUAGCUUGCCUGUAUGGUGGCUUUCUCGGCCUUUGGACUUUAAAAGCUCUCAAGCAACAACGAAAUGGCUCAGAGGAUUUAUCGAGGAAAAGCCGCUUUGGUAAAGAACCAUUAAAAAUUGUCUCUUGGUGGAUUCUGGCUGUUGCUUUGACAUAUGUAAUUGAUAUUGCUAAUUUAGUCGUAUAUGCUUUGAGAACUCCCAAUUGGUGGCCGCAUAAGGCUUCAGUUGUAUGCCUUGUUUUGUCGCUGCUCUUCUGGGGUGUUGUUUUGAUUAGCUGUGCAGAUACAUCUGAAUUGCCAAGGUACACUAAUUCCUUUUUCUCUGCUUACAGAGUUAAUGUCUUAUAUGCUUGGUUAACGGAAGCAAUCUUUGAGUCUGUUUUUCUUGCAUUCACACCAAUUCCUGGGGAUACCUUUCAGGGCAUUCUUAUGGCUGAUCACCUGGCUCGUGUUCUUUUAUGCAUUUUUGCCUUUGCUAUUUAUGUAACCUAUCGUCGCAAGAGGCCUUCUCGUGAUACGAUGGACUAUGAAGAACGGACAAUGUUUGAAAGUGGUACCCAGUUGGAUCCCGAAGCACCUGAAGGUCAAUCUUCUCAGGCACUUCCACACACAACUAAGAGAAGUGAUGCUAAAAAAUCAAAAAAAAAUACCUCUUGGAUUGCAUAUUUCAAAUCUUUUGCUAUACUGUUCCCUUACUUAUGGCCCGUAAAAAAUUUAAGACUGCAGCUUCAUGUUUUUGUUUGUGUUCUUCUCUUGAUUUUUGGAAGAAUAGCUAAUAUUCUUGCUCCUCGACAACUUGGUGUGGUCACCGAAAAGCUUUCUGAAACCAACAGCGGUGUUCCUUGGUUUGAAGUUCUCCUGUUCGUUUUCUAUCGUUUUCUUCAAGGAAAUAUGGGCUUAGUUGGUUCUUUGCGUUCUUUUCUGUGGAUCCCUGUCUCACAAUACGCUUAUCGCGCACUUUCAACAAAGGCGUUACAGCACGUUUUGGGUUUAUCCUAUGAUUUUCACCUGAAUAAACGAGGCGGUGAAGUUUUGGCUGCGUUAACUAAGGCCAACUCUGUGAAUACGUUUGUUGAGCAAUUGCUAUUUCAGAUUGGACCCGUUCUUACGGACCUUGCUGUAGCAAUCAUCUAUUUCUUCGUCAAAUUUGAUGUUUAUUUUUCCCUUGUUGUCCUCGUUAUGACAUUCUGCUACUGUUACGUUACUGUAAAGAUCACCUCCUGGCGUACUGAAGCCAGAAGAAAAAUGGUUAAUAGCUGGCGUGAUAGUUACGGUGUCCAAAAUGAUGCUAUUAUGAACUACGAAACUGUUAAAAACUUUGAUGCUGAUGAAUUUGAAAAUCAUCGUUUUGGCGAUGCUGUAGAUAAGUAUCUUCUUCAAGAAAACACGGUUCUCUCCAGUUUGAGUGUUCUGAACAUCAUACAGGGUGGUAUAUUCACUUCAAGUUUAUGCGUAGCCUGUUUGCUAAGUGCGUAUAAAGUAUCAUUUGGAUAUAAUACAGUUGGUGAUUUUGUGGUUCUUUUGACCUACAUGACCCAACUUCAACAGCCUCUUAACUUUUUUGGAGCUUUAUACCGUUCUCUCCAAAACAGUAUUAUCGAUGCAGAGCGAUUGCUCGAGAUAUUCGAAGAACAACCUACUGUCGUUGAAAAGAAGGAUGCUGCUCCUUUGAAGGUUACCAAUGGCCGAGUUGUAUUCUCAAACGUUUCUUUUGCUUAUGAUCCUCGUAAACCUGUUUUAUCAAAUGUCAACUUUGUUGCGGAGCCAGGUAAAGUAAUAGCCCUUGUAGGAGAAUCAGGCGGAGGAAAGUCUACUAUUAUGAGAAUCCUUUUACGAUUUUUUGAUGUAAAUGAUGGUUCCAUAACCAUUGAUGACCAGGAUGUACGAGACGUCACAUUAUCGAGUUUACGUUCGUCAAUUGGUGUUGUUCCUCAAGAUAGCAUUUUGUUUAAUGAUACUGUUAUGUACAACAUCAAAUACGCUAAACCGAGUGCUUCUAAUGAAGAAGUGUAUGAAGCUGCCAAGGCAGCUCAGAUCCAUGAUCGGAUUCUUGAAUUCCCUGACGGAUAUCAUUCUCGUGUAGGCGAGCGAGGACUAAAACUCAGUGGUGGUGAGAAACAACGCAUGGCUGUCGCUAGAGCUAUCUUAAAAAACCCGACUAUAAUUUUGUUGGAUGAAGCUACUUCCGCACUGGACACUAAUACGGAACGUCACAUACAAGCAUCUCUAAACAGACUCGCUGCUGGCCGUACUGCCAUUGUGAUUGCCCAUCGAUUGUCUACCAUUACAAACGCCGAUUUGAUUCUUUGUAUUAGUAACGGAAAAGUUGUUGAAACUGGUACACACGAAGAUUUACUUAAGCAUGAUGAUGGUGUCUAUAGGAAGAUGUGGUUGCAGCAGGCAAACAAAGAUCCAAGUUCUAAGAAAUUUUCUGUUGAAUAAGUUAUUUAUAGUUUUGUUUUUCUAUUGGCAAAUUUCGAACCUUUUAAGAGUGUAGCAUGACUACGUCUGGUAACUAUAAAUGAUAAAAUUGAUUAUUUAUUAAAUUAAUUUAUAAUCUCCAAAUUCCAAACCAAUCCAAAAUAUCCUAAUAAAAUUUAUAUACGUUUCUUGGUAUAUAUUCAAGCCAAAAAACAAAUAAGAAG